AAAUCUCAAGAAAUGCUACUUACAGUCAUCAUCAAUGGCUGAUUUUUGCAGGUUUCCAAUGGAGAAAGUGAUUGAGACGACGACGCCUAUCAACAACAAGCCUUCCAUCCAAUCAGAGAACUGUACUUCCACUUAUGGAACUCCACCACCUCAUCAUGCCUGGUUAAAGGAUCAGAAAUCCCAAAAUUCCGGCGACAGAGGAACGCACAAGCUCACGCCGGAUCCCCUUAAAGUCCCCGAAGCAUUCAAAUACCAAGAAAGGUAUAAGAGCCCUACUGACUUUAUGAUGUCCCCUGUUUCCAAGGGCCUUCUAGCCAGAAGCAGGAAGACAGGGGCUCACUUACCACUAGCUGAAAAUCCACCCAAGAUUCAGAAUCCCUGUUUUCAAGAUGCGGGUUACCCUCAAAUCUGAGUAUUGUCAUUGUCGAUGAGCAGAAUCAGAUGGAUUCGUGGUCCCUAUGAAUUUGUCUGGAU